AUGGACGAUGCUUGGUUCCAUAAUCUCACAUCGCUGCCAGCAGCUACCAAGGAGCCCCCUCAGCAUACCCGAAGAGCUUCACUGCUUCAGCAGCCAGCCGAGGAGAAAUCUGAGGUAGCGAUAGAGUCUAUACAAGAGAUUGCAGAGGAAGAUGAUGCCUGGAGUGGACCACCUAAAGCUUCUGUCGCCCGGAGAGCGCGGAGCUAUCACGACUUCUUCCAUGCAGUGCACGCAUACACCAGAAAAGAGGCCGUGUUGAAGAAGAGAAUGAGCUUGCAAAUACGAGAGAGCUCUACGAUCUCGGCAAGUGCAGAUUUGCAAUUUGAAGACGAGUUCGAAGCACUGGAGGAUCAGCUGUUAGAGGAAAGCCAUUGGGGAUACCAAACGUACCAAGAACAGCUGGAACUAUCAGAUGCUCAUUUGGACAAUCUGUUAGUGUCGACGACCAGUACCCUCGAACUCUUGGCAACACUCUCCGACUCAUUCAAGGCCGUUGAGGCGCAGACUGAAGCAUUUCGCCAGCAAUGCGAAUCGCUUGUGACAGAGCAGAGGAGACUCACAGCACUCGCGGACGCCAUCGAUGAGAAUGCACAGUACUAUGCGUACCUCGAACCGAUGACCAGAAGGCUCAACGCUCCAGGAGCUGCGAAUCUCGUCAAGGGGAAGGACUUCUCCGAAAUGCUCUCCAAUCUGGAUAACUGCCUGGCAUACAUGGAGUCACAUCCAUCGCACAAGGAGUCUGCCACCUAUCGGAGUCGAUAUCGCCUAUUGCUGACUCGAGGCUUGACACUCAUACGCCACUACUUCACAAAGUCAUUGGGCGAGAUUGCGGCGGACAUCAGUAAGCGAGUUCAGGCCGGGCAGCUCAACGAGACGACUCACUCCGCACUCCUUUACGCAAAAUUUCGUGUGCCUGCUCCAGAGUUGAAAGCACUUGGGUUGGAGAUUCAAAAACGAGCCGUACCCACCCCCGACGAUGUCGACGCUGGACGGGAGCCGGAGUAUCUCAGCUUACUUCGCGAGCUAUAUCAAUCCUACGCUGCAACACGUGGCCGACUUAUCUUGCCCCUGGUAGCGAAGAAGAUGAACGAACUGGCCACAAUUGAUCAACAAAUGGAUGUUGUUGCCUUUGCCAAAGCAUGUCUUGGCUUCGUGCGUGGCAUUGCUCUGGAUGAAUACGACCUUUGGUUCGAAUGGUUCGAGACCGAGGGGGCUCUGUAUGAAUUUCUGGAAAGCCUGCUGGAGCCCAUGUAUGAUCAUCUGCGACCCAGAACGAUCCACGAAAUGAAAAUGGAGAAGUUGUGUGACUUAUGCGCCAUGAUACAGGGCCGAUACAUGGACGUGGAUUCGGAUGAAGACGAAGAUGUUGAAAGUGCUGCUGUUGCUGGUCGACAUCCGGGGAGGCGACUUGACUUUGGGAGUCUGAUACAUCCUGCUCUGGAAGAUGCGCAGACUCGCCUCGUCUUUCUGGCCCUGAAUGUUCUGCGAGACAGUAUUGAGAAAUACCAGCCCAAACCAGAGGAUCUCGAAAUUACUCCACGCGCUGCAGCAGAAGGGGUGAACGGCCACAAGACCGGACCCGCACUGUCGGGAAAGCGCGCCGCGUCUGGACCCAAGGCGCCUGCCCCGAAGUCACCGGACGUGAUAGAAGAUGUGGGAGACGAUGCAGAAAGUGUGUUCAGCAAGCAGUUCUCAACUGCAGGCAGCGUGUCCUCCACCCGACACUGGUACCCAACUCUUCGGAAAGCAAUCUGGCUCCUCCGUCGCAUCUAUCGGCUCGUCAACAGCACGGUCUUUGACGAUCUCGCCCACCGAAUCGUGCACUCAACAAUCGCCUCCUUGAUGUACGCCAGUCAGCAGAUAAGCUCCAAGCGAGCCCUGCAAGACGGUCAGCUGUUCCUGAUCAUACAUCUUCUCCACCUUAAACAGCAAAUCGUCGCAUUUGACAUCGAGUUUGUUCCGACUGAGGUUGAGUUUGAUUUCUCCUCAUACACAAACACCUUCUAUGAACUUCGCGAACGCGGCAGUUUGUGGAAUCCAGCUUCUUGGGUUCGCCUAGUUGGCGGCGCUGUGGGAGGAGGACUACUUCCCAAAGUCGUGGAAAAUAUGCUCGACGCAAAAGCUGAGCUUGAUGGUCGCCUCCGGACGGUUAUUAACGAUUUAGUCAACGGCUACGCGAUCCACAUCACAGCACCUGUGGAAAGCAGUGCAGUAGCUCAGGCGAAAGACCAGUUCGAUCCUCUCAAGGCUGUCCGCACAGUGCGUGGGCUUGCUGAAAAGGAUGUGCCUGCUCUGCGGGCCAAACUCGAGGCUUUUGUGGAUGAUGCGAGGACCAGAGAAACUCUGGUUGCUGCUGUGAGGGAUCAAGUCAUCAUGACUUAUGAGGAGUUCUUCGACAAUUACAGUGAAGGCAAGGGAAAGAAGCUAAGUCGUAAGGGCAAAGGGAGAGAGGAUGAAGUAUGGGGUCCAGCGCUGUUCAACGAUGCCAUGGAAAAUGUCUUCCAGGUCGGCGAGCAGAUUCUCGGCGAUGAUGAUGGCGGGAGCGUAGGCAGUGGAGGGGUUAGUGACUAG